AUGCUCUACUGCGGCUUAUUUGCUCAAAUCCUGGUUUUCUUAAGUAACUCCCGGCUUGCCCGAAACUCUUUUCGAAAAAAUGUCGUGCUAUCGGUGAUAGUUUCCCUCAUAUUUUGUUCGGUAUGGCUGAUCGACACUCACCUGAUUACCGGAUGUACGAUGCAUCGCCCCGAUACUUUUGCGCCGUUGAACAGGAUCCACCAGCAAGAAUUUGGACACGGCCUGGAAGGCGUCAGCUGUAUUGGACAAACUUUUGAGAACACCGGCCCGUUACACGAAUUAUUUGCAUAUGCCUCAACGCUAACGAGUAUAGUUUUUCUCGGGAUCACCUGGGGAGUGAUUAUGGCUGCCGGGAUUGCGAUAUAUCAUACUUUACAUGCUAGCCCACAUGCUAGCAAAAGGACAAAAAUGUUGCAAAAAGAAUUAUUUCACGCGCUAGUGAUUCAGCUCAUCAUCCCACUCGUGUGCAAUUAUAGACCACUAACCGCAGUGUUUUUCACGGCCAUGCUCGAAUUACCAGUCAAUAUAUCAUUUGUAUGCUUUGCCAUUAUGUUGGACCCUAUUUUCGAGCCCAUCGCGAUCAUCUACCUCAUCAAGUGCUACAGGAAAGUGGUGGUUUCCUGGUUCAAAUGCCGAAAACACGAAAAAGUACUCCACAUCAUCCAUCAUUCCAUCGAUUCCAUUAAACCGCAUCGACAAGUGUAUCACAGACACCGACAAUCUGUGAGUCAAAAACCACUUGCCGCGGAAUUCACGACCUCUCCAGACAUCAUACAGACCGAACGUCUCAACCAAGUCCGGAUCCGAGACACUGCGCACGAAGGGUCGGGGCUUGACGUAUACCAUGCCCCUUAUCAAGAACUCCAGCCCGGCACAUCUUCGGCUUUACAGGAUGAUCCAACCACUGCCGAUAACCACCCCCUCUACGACGAAACGCCCCCAAAGCGUAGCAGGAUGGAACUGGCGCCGAAUCAGGCCAGUUCCAGCCGCUUCGACGCUGGCGUGCCAACACGAGGAGAAAACCAGCCGUCUGCGCAGUCGGUCCGGCAGAGUAGCCACCAACCAGGAGAACGGCAAGCGCCCGUGCAGAACAGCGGAGGGGAGCAAGAGCCGGAAUCGACGUGGUGCUAUAUAUGUCGUGCCUUGCUUCCCUUUUGCGCGAUCAGUGCUCAUUUCCUCUAUCAUCACGGGAGCAACACAAAUCCAACGGACCGUGACGCUGAGCUUGAUGCGCAACCAGAAAGGAAUGCGCACGACGACGCGCAUGUGUACGAGCUGCUCGAGAUGCCUGGCCCCAGUUCCACACCUGGUUCCGCCACAAACCGAUGUAAUGACCUCCAAGAUUAUAACUAUUUCUACGACCCUACCUCGGCCGUCCCUAUAGAGUGUCAUGAACGUGGUGUUUCAAUGGCAGGGUGCGAUCGCCAAGUGAUCUCCGGCGCCAGUCCGGCGCCUGCUGUCACCCCUGUCCCACCAAAUACAAGCCAAGUAGAGAAUAUCUACAACCCUUACACUCCUCAGAAUUUGCCUAGCACCAGCUAUAGCGAUGUCGACAGCCGGGCCGGCAAUCAUCAACCAGGCACCGGAAGUCACUUCAUGGCGCGCACCCCGCGUCUUCCGGAACGUUAUCGCGAACCAGAUUUUCUGGAUGAUGAACAAGAACCAGGCCCAUCGCAAGUCGUGUUGCCCGAGGGACUAAAUUUACGAGUUCGUUACGUAGACAAAGAUGGAAACCCCCAGCUCCGGACGCAGUGGGAAAGUCCGAUAUUCAGUUGUUUGCCCGAUUGGCUGGAAAGUAGGCGCAAGGGAAACAAAGCGUUCGUCCCACGUCAUUUGCCGGUCGUCCCGGCCCCGGAUAUCUUGUAUGCAAAAAGAGGCAACGGCCCCAAGCGGAAGUUCAAGAACGAGAUCGACUUACCGCAUAAACUGACGCCGGUUCAAUACAACACCAUCUACAACCACUUAUAUUACGAACACGGCGGCUUAAAGUCAAAUGACAUCCCGGACACUGACCGAUAUCCUGGAGACCUCCGAAAAGAAUUUGCCGAUUAUCGACGUGCCGUAGAAGCGACCCAGCUUGAUGCUCUGCCUGGAACAAGGCAUUCCACCAUGCUGCAAGCUGGCCCCAGUGACGCUGCAGAAACCUUUGAAUCCACGAGGCACGAUGCGCAUUGCCUCCUUCAUAUGACAGAGGAGGGACAAAUUGCCAGGGAUCAGAUGAGCGAAGAGCAACGCGACAAAUUGAAGGCGAUUUACGCCGCCGCGGCGAAGUUCUGGAUAGUGGUCGUCAGGCGGAUUACCAACAACUGUCACUCUGACGUCAUUCGUCAAGGGCAUGCGGAGCAGAGGGAGGCCGACGAUCAAGUCAUUCGCGAAGCUGUAGAGGCUCUUCGACAUGGCUUAGCGCCUCGAGGCGACCUAGCCAAGUGUCACGCGAUCCUAAAGCUGUAUGAUCUCGCGGACAGGUUGAUGAAGACGGACGACAAUAAAAAGCAAACAACACCCGCAGCCCAAAAA